CGAGCCUGAGUCAGAGCAAGCCAUCAUGCAGCAUUCUUUCAUGGUGUCUGCUUCAAGCUCAUACUUCAGUUCCUGCCCUGAUUCCCCAUAAUGAUGGGCUAUGACCUGGAAGUGGAAGCUGAAACCUACAGCAACAGAGAUGAAACGGGCUUCUUUCCCUCUAGCAGAAUAAGGUCUUAGGCUCCCGAGCUGCUUAGCUAUUGCUGGGUAUUCCAAGCUAAAGAUGACCAUGAUGAGUCACCUGAGAGUGAUUCUACAAGUCUCUUCGAGUACAUUGCCAUGGAGAAGGUGCUGGGUUCCGAGGUUGGUGCCACGGAGGUCCUGCAGUCUCUAUACCUGCACAUACAGAACCAGGAACCGAGCCUUACCUCCACUCUGGGAAAACUUGGACCUUGCUCCUGCGGGUGAUCGGCAAUCACCCAUCAACAUCCGAUGGAGGGACAGUGUUUAUGACCCUGGCUUAAAACCACUCACCAUUUCUUAUGACCCAGCCACCUGCCUCCACAUCUGGAACAAUGGGUACUCUUUUCUUGUGGAAUUUGAAGAUUCUACAGAUAAAUCAGUGAUUGAGGGAGGACCCCUGGAACACAACUACCGACUGAAGCAGUUUCAUUUUCAUUGGGGAGCCAUUGAUGCUUGGGGCUCUGAGCACACCGUGGACAGUAAAUGCUACCCAGCAGAGCUGCACUUGGUACAUUGGAAUGCAGUCAAAUUUGAAUGUUUUGAGGAUGCAGCACUGGAAGAAAAUGGCUUGGCUGUGAUAGGUGUAUUUUUAAAGCUAGGUAAACAUCAUAAAGAACUACAGAAAUUGGUGGACACUUUGCCAUCAAUUAAGCACAAGGACACCCUGGUGGAAUUUGGAUCAUUUGACCCUUCCUGUCUGAUGCCUACUUGCCCAGAUUACUGGACCUACUCUGGGUCUCUCACUACGCCGCCCCUCUCAGAGUCUGUUACCUGGAUCAUUAAGAAGCAGCCCGUUGAGGUUGACCGUGACCAGCUUGAGCAGUUUCGGACCCUGCUUUUUACUUCUGAGGGAGAGAAAGAGAAAAGAAUGGUGGACAACUUCCGCCCUCUUCAGCCACUGAUGAAUCGCACCGUCCGCUCAUCCUUCCGCCAUGACUAUGUGCUCAAUAUACAAGUGAAGCCCGAGCCAACAGCCAGCGAAGUCACCCCCUAAGACAGCAUACUUCAGCAGCAUCUACGUUUAAUGACUCAUAGCUUAAAAUUUUAACUAGAUUAUUUUAAAACACAGCAUUUAAUAAUACUUAUAUGUAUACAUUUCUAUUUUUUUCCUUCCUUUUUUGGGUAACAUUUCAAAAUUCCUACUCUUGUAAAGCAAAGACCGGGAGACAAAUGAAGAAAAACAAAAACCUGUACCCAAAUAACGUCAAGUUACCUGAGGUCACCCUUUCUUUUUCUUUCUUUCUUUUUUUUUUUUUUUUUUUGGAGUCA